AGGGGCGCUGCCAUGUUGGAGGAAGCGGUGCCUUCUGUGCGGUGGAAAUGCUGUGGCUUCACCGGUAGCGUCGGGGAGCGCAGCCUCCUACCUUUCCUCCUCGCUCGAGUGUUGGUGCUGAGAGGCGGCGGUCGGCGGGAUGGAGAGAAGUAGGAUGAACCUGCCCAAGGGGCCGGACACGCUCUGCUUCGACAAGGACGAGUUCAUGAAGGAAGAUUUCGACGUCGAUCACUUUGUGUCUGACUGUAGGAAGCGUGUCCAGCUGGAGGAACUAAGAGGAUAUCUGGAACUCUACUAUAAACUUCUUAAAAUAGCCAUGGUCGAGCUCAUCAACAAGGAUUAUGCAGAUUUUGUCAACCUUUCCACAAACUUGGUUGGCAUGAACAAAGCCCUCAAUGAACUUUCUGUGCCUUUGGGACAGUUACGAGAAGUUCUGAGUCUCAGGUCACCAGUCAGUGAAGGAAUUCGGGCAGUAGAUAAACGAAUGUGUAAACAAGAGGACAUAAGGAAGAAAAAGCGUAUAGCCCACAUUACGGCCAUGCUGCAGCAGGCCCUGGGAGGCCUGCUGCUAGAAGGGCUUCAGACUUCCAAUGUGGAUAUCAUACGGCACUGCCUCCAGACUUACGCUACAAUUGACAAGACACGGGAUGCAGAGGCGUUAGUUGGUCAAGUACUGGUGAAACCGUACAUGGAUGAGGUGAUUGUAGAGCAGAUUGUUGAGUCUCAUCCGGACGGCCUGAAGAUCAUGUAUGCUAAUAAGCUCCUGGAGUUCGUUCCUCACCACUGCCGCCUUCUUCGAGAGGUCACAGGAGGAGCCAUCUCAAGCCCUCAGCUGUCCCACCUGCCCAGAGCUCUGCAGCCUUCCUGA